UUUUCGCGCCCGCUCCCGUGGAAACGGUGUUCAGACAGAAGCAACAGAGCGCCGAUCUCUGCUUUGUUUUCAUUGAUUUUUUUUCUCCCCCCAGACAAAGUCAAUCAACGAACAGGCGAUGGAGCGCCGGUGUUUGUGGUUGUUUCAUCUCCUGCUGAUUUGUGGCUUAAAUUCUGGAGAUGCAUCAGACCAAAAGUGGAAGAAAAUCCGAGAUCAUGUUUCUGCAGCGGUCGGGAGCUACGUCUCGUGUAGCUCCGUCAACUGCAGCUGCCAUCUGAGCGUUCUCCAACAGGACUUACGGCCUUUCAGAGGUGGGAUCUCGGAAAGCCUCAUGGCCUCCACGGUCCAGCGGGGCGUGGGCACCCACUACCAGAUCAUCCAGCACCAGCUGUACAGGGAGCACAACUGCAUGUUCCCGGCAAGAUGCAACGGCGUGGAACAUUUCAUCCUGGAGGUGAUCGACCGUCUCCCAGACCUGGAGAUGGUGGUGAACGUGAGGGAUUACCCUCAGGUGCCGAACUGGAUGACCCCGGCUCUGCCGGUGCUCUCUUUCAGUAAGACGGCAGAGUACCAGGACAUCAUGUAUCCUGCUUGGACGUUUUGGGAAGGCGGCCCCGCUGUGUGGCCUAUAUACCCCACUGGACUGGGCAGGUGGGACCUGAUGAGGGUGGAUCUUAAAAAGUCAGCAGCUCAGUGGCCCUGGAAGAAAAAGGAGCCCAAAGGGUUCUUCAGAGGCUCCAGAACCAGCUCGGAGCGCGACCCGCUCGUCCUCCUGUCCAGAGAUGAUCCAGAGCUGGUGGAUGCAGAGUAUACCAAGAACCAGGCCUGGAAGUCUGAGAAGGAUACACUGGGAAAACCUCCAGCUACAGAGAUUCCUCUGGUGGAUCACUGCAAGUACAAAUAUUUAUUCAACUUCCGUGGUGUGGCGGCCAGCUUCCGCCUCAAACAUCUCUUCCUCUGCGGCUCCUUGGUCUUCCAUGUUGGGGAAGAGUGGCUGGAGUUCUUCUACCCUCAGCUCAAGCCGUGGGUCCACUACAUCCCAGUCAAGCAGGAUCUGUCAGACGUUCGAGAGCUUUUACAGUUCGUCAAAGAGAACGAUGAUGUGGCGCAAGAAAUCGCUAAGAGAGGCCAGGAGUUCAUCCUCCAGCACCUCCGCAUGGAAGACGUGUCUUGUUACUGGGAGCACCUGCUGACCAACUUCAGUCGCCUUCUCACCUACAAACCCAGCAGAAGGAAAAACUACAACCAGAUCGUCCACAAAUUGCGAAAAACUGAGCUGUGAGAAAGGAACUCAGAGGGAUAAGGGGCAGUACAAGCAGGAGACGGACGAAUGUAACAGCUACUGUUUUUGAUUCCACUGAACAGGUUUUUUUUUUCUUAUAAAUUGAUGAAACUUUCUUCCUGCAGUUCCUUUGUUUGUCCAAAACAAGUAAGUUUUUAAUUUUCUCCUUUUUAAAAGAGCUGAAAUUCAGCAGGUUAUAGUUAUUUCAGGCUCUCUGGUGUUUAAACAGUGCCCUCUAGUGGACGCUGUGCAGAAUAGCAGCAGUUUUCUUUUUAACAUGCCAAAUUAGUUUAUGUUGGGUUUUUUUUUACUUUAACUAAAAUAAACUUUUCGCUUUCUGAAAAAGGGGAAAAAUAAGCAAUAAUUUUUAGAGACUCACUUUUUAUUUUUAUUUUUUGUAUUUGGAGAAGUUUGUCGAAUACGUUCAGAUCUUGAAUAUUUUGUAUAAAUUGUUUGUUUUGUGUCCUGAUUUCAACAUUGCAGCAGUAUUUUUUUUUUUUUUUAGAAACUCAAUGUUUUUCUUUUUUAUUAAAAUAUGAAAGCAUUUCAAACUGUAGAACUUUGAAGCAAAAAUGUUUUAUCAU